AUGAGACGCAUAUAAGCGGAUCACUCGCAAGACCGAGUCACAGUCACACUCACGCGCGCGCACAGGGACAGUGAAGGGAUCCUCUGCCAUGGCCAGAACGGCGGCACCCUUGUUCCCCUUCUUCUUCCUCCUCCUGUCGUCGACAUCGCCGGCGGCGGCCCAGAAGAAUCGCCUUGGCCGGACUCCCCAGAUGGGGUGGAAUAGCUGGAACCACUUCGGCUGCAAGAUAGACGAGGUGAUAAUCCGAAAAAUAGCUGAUGCCAUGGUGGAUACUGGUCUUGCGAAACUGGGGUAUGAGUAUGUCAACUUAGACGACUGUUGGGCAGCUCAUGACAGAGACUCCCAGGGCAAUCUAGCUGCAAAUGGAACAACAUUUCCAUCAGGAAUGAGGGCCUUAGCAGAUUAUGUGCACGGGAAAGGGCUCAAACUCGGAGUCUACGGCGAUGCAGGACUGCGAACUUGCAGCAGGAUACAGCCCGGUUCGCUAGGAUACGAAGACCAAGAUGCGAGAACUUUGGCAGCUUGGGGAUUCCAAAGGAGGAGAAAAACUGAUUUUUCUAAAUUGUUGUGUUACAACUGCAACAACCAAAACAUCAGCCCACUAACAAGAUAUAACAGGAUGAGUGAAGCCCUUAUGAAUUCUGGAAGGGACGUUUUCUUCUCCCUUUGCGAAUGGGGUGUGGAUGAUCCAGCGACAUGGGCAGGCAGCUUUGCAAACAGCUGGAGGACAACAGAAGACAUCAAGAACACAUGGGAAAGCAUGACGGACAACGCUGACAAGAACGACAAGUGGGCACCUUAUGCAGGGCCUGGUGGAUGGAAUGACCCAGACAUGCUGGAAGUAGGAAACGGGGGGAUGACAAUAGAAGAGAACCGUUGUCAUUUCAGCAUAUGGGCUCUAGUCAAGGCUCCUCUGAUAAUUGGCUGCGAUGUCAGCUCAAUGAGCCCUGAAACCAAGGACAUCCUCAGCAAUCAGAAUGUUAUUGCAGUUAAUCAAGACAAACUUGGGGUACAAGGGCGCAAAGUGCAACAAGAUGGAGAACUAGAAGUUUGGGCUGGUCGCUUAAGUCGAGGGAGAGUUGCUCUUGUGCUGUGGAACAGAGGGCCUGCUGAAGCAUCUAUUACUGCUAGUUGGAGCAACAUUGGUCUAAACCAAUCAGCUGUUGUAGAUGCUCAUGAUCUGUGGACAGAUGAGGUUACAUCAUCAGUGCAAGGAAACCUGACGAACAAGAUGGAUUCUCAUGCUUGCAAGAUGUAUGUGCUGACCCCAAAAUAGAACAGCAUUCUCAACAUUGCAUAUUACUAUAAAAUAAUUAUUUCAAAAGUCUCGAAAGAUGACAAUGUAUUACCUUGGUAUGUGUACAUGCUG